GCCGCCUUGGAGGGACGCGAUGGCGCUGGCGCUGGCGGCCGCCGGCCGCCUCUGCCGGCCGCUCCUGCCGCGCGCGGCGGGCGCCGCCGCCGCGGCGCGGUGGGGCCCCGUGAAGCAGGACUCCAGAGGCGUCUCCCGCGUCCGCAUCAACCGCUUCACUGGCGUGCGGGCGGUGAAGGUCGGAGCCCCGAAGACCGAGUGGCAGAUCGCGGCCGAGAAGGAGUUCCUGGCGCUGCGAGCGCAGGCCAAGGAAUGGUUUCCGGCGCCCGAGGAGUGUGAACACUUCUGCGACGCUCAGAUCUAA